AAUCAAGCAAAAACAACUGAUGACGUAGUUUUGCAAAUAAAAGCCAUUGUUACCGCUGAUUGAUAUCAAUAAAAAUACCAAUGAAAUGGUGCAGAAAUGCAAAUGUCUGUGGCUCUUCAAGCAGUUAAAAGGGCAGAAAAAAUUAAACUCGAAAACAUUAAAAAAUCUUGAACAUGCACAUACCUUAAAAUUGUUUGUUAAUAAAUAAUAUAUUUCAUCCAAACCUUGCAAGAAAUUUGGGAUGUUUUCCUGACGACGGCAUCUUGAAACUAUGGCUGAUUAUCAACUUAUUUACAGCAUAUGUUACGGUUGUAAUUUUAAAACAAUAUUGACAAGUUAUUUGUAUGAGAUGGCAUAUUCUUGAUCGUGUAAUUGGGGCGCUAAAUUUUCACCAAUAUACACACAACCUAAGUUGAGUGGAUUUAACUAUCGACAUUGUUUGUGGUUUCGAUGUGUUGAAAAUAUCGAUUUUUUAAAAGUUCUUUCCAUAAUUGAAACUUGAAUUCAAGUAUCUUAUGUUAUAAACCAGGGAUAAUCUAUUAGCUUUGUCAGUUUGUACAGUCAUUAAAUGCUGUUUUUGUCAAUAUAGUGAUUAUAGAAAAUGAGUAUGACAAAGUUUUUGAAAUUUAUCAAUUUAUCUAGGAUUAAUGAUUCCAAAGAUUUUCUGGGUAUAUCUCCUGGUGGUAAUAGUGGAAGUGUAAUAAUCACAUUAAGUAGAAAUAUUGUUAUUGUUGUUAAGAUUUCCACGCAACAACAGAUUUGUAGCUGGUCGACGCAAGAGAAAUUAUCUUCAAAAGUUAUCUUUGACAAUACAAGUAACAAGUAUGUAGGAAUCUUCGGAAAUCGAUAUAUUCGUUGUUGGGACGCCUCUGCUACUGAUAUAAAUUCGAUAAAAAAACUAAAGUUACAGAAAUAUGUUGUGGAUAUCAUACCCAGCAAAGGCGAACCAAUUAUUCUUUACAGUGAUGGCUAUAAGGAUCGACUUUCAGAAGCUCUGUUAUUACUAAAAGAAUCACAUGUUGUUUCAGAUUCGUUGGAAACCGCACAUCAAAAAUGUGGUAACAUUAAAGACGCAAAUACGAAUUUUUUUAUUGAUGGAGAACAAGUUCUAACCUACUUUAUAUCAUCUGGAGACAAUAAGGAAAUAGAACUUGUAAUUAUGCCAUUAAAACUUAGUGGAAAAAGGAAGAGUUUACAAAUUGGACGAAAGGACAUGAAAGUCAGUUUAUCAGGUUAUGCUGUAGUUGAAGGAGAGAAUAAUUGCGUAUUACUAACAAUUUGUAAGUACCUGUCAUAA